AUAAACCAGUUCACGCUGGAGCCCUGGAAAGGAAGCGUCUCUGUUGGAUCCGGCCCCUCCGCGGGACUGAGGAAAAGCUACCACCAGGUAGACACCAUCUGUCACCAUGGGUAAAGGAGACCCCAACAAGCCAAGGGGCAAGAUGUCCUCGUACGCCUUCUUCGUGCAGACCUGCCGGGAAGAGCACAAGAAGAAACACCCAGACUCUUUGGUCAAUUUCGCUGAAUUCUCCAAGAAAUGUUCCGAGAGAUGGAAGACCAUGUCUGCGAAGGAAAAGUCGAAAUUUGAAGAUAUGGCAAAAAGUGACAAAGCUCGCUAUGACAGGAAGAUGAAACAUUAUGUUCCUCCCAAAGGUGACAAGAAAGGAAAGAAGAAAGACCCCAAUGCUCCUAAAAGGCCUCCGUCUGCAUUCUUCCUGUUUUGUUCUGAACAUCGCCCAAAGAUCAAAAGUGAACACCCUGGUUUACCCAUUGGGGAUACUGCAAAAAAAUUGGGUGAAAUGUGGUCUGAACAGUCAGCCAAAGAUAAACAACCAUAUGAACAGAAGGCGGCUAAGCUAAAAGAGAAGUAUGGAAAGGAUAUUGCUGCAUAUCGCGCCAAGGGCAAAAGUGAAGCGGGAAAGAAGGGUCCUGGUAAGCUUACAGGUUCAAAGAAGAAGAAUGAACCAGAGAAUGAGGAGGAAGAGGAGGAGGAGGAGGAAGAUGAAGAUGAUGAGGAAGAGGAGGAAGAUGAAGAAUAAAUGGCUAUCUUGUAA